GUGAGGUCUCAUUAAUAACCAAAUUCUAAUCUGUUUAAUUUUGAGUCCAAGUGUUUGUGAAAGCUUUGAUGAGAAUCUGUCGAUAUGUUUAAGAGUUUCCAAUCAAACAGACAUACACAGACACCAUUCUAUCAUACAAACAUACAUACUGACAACACAGGCAAACACAGCUGUAAUUAAAUAACUGUAGUAGCAUUUCUAUUUUUCUGUUUCAGCCACACAACAAUUACAUAUCUGAAGUGACAACGCUCAAAACGCUGCCAUGAGUUCCAAAACUCCUCAAGAAGAACCAAAAGUGGUCAUCAAGAAGCGGUCUAGAGUUCCUGGGGUUAUGAUCAACCAGUUUGUUGAGCAGCUUCCUUUAGGACAGGCAACGCCUGACUUCACCCGGAAACCGAUGCCUGUGACUGUUCAAGAGGGUAAAAAAGCAUUUUUCAAAGCUAUGGUGAAUGGACAGCCAGAGCCAGCUGUCACGUGGAGUCGCAAUAAAGGUGAAAUGGAUGACCCAGAAAACUACAAGAUCCGAUAUGAUGAAAGAACUCAAGAGCACAUUCUUGAGAUACCCAGUGUGCAACUUGACCAAGCCGACACCUACAAGUGCUUUGCAACCAACGAGUACGGAAAAGCUAUCUGUACAGUCGUCCUGAAUGUUUUUGAAGUUGGCUUUAAGAAGAAACCCCAGGGAGAUAAUGGACAGGGAUCACAGGAUUUCAGAAAAAUGCUCAAGAAAACAACUGUUGUCAAAAGAAAAAAGCAACUGCCACCCAAGAAGGAGGGAGAAAUCGAUCCUAAACUCUGGGAACUGCUUCUCAGUGCACCAAGAAAGGACUAUGAAAGAAUUUGCUUGGAGUUUGGAGUGACUGAUUUCCGCUGGAUGUUGAAGAAACUAAAACAGAUGGAAAAGGAGAGGGUGGAAGAACAGGCAAAGGUUGUAGAGAAUCUGGAGAAUAUGAAACAAAUUGAAGUGAAACCAAGUGGAAGAGCUGAAUUUAGCUUUGACAUGACACUCCUGGAUCACAACAGUGCAAUUAAUGUAUACAAGGAUGGAGCAUCGGUUCCAUAUGAUGAUGAUGAAAACUCAAAACAUAGCCUUAAGAAAACAGGGACAAACUAUGUUUUUAGUAUCAACGACCCUCAGAAAGAAGAUGCUGGAUUAUAUCAGGUUGAUGUUGAAGAGACAAACAUUCUUACUACUGACUUUCAAGUGCCUGAUGUGGAGUUUGCAGCUAUGAUCAAGGAUAUUAAAGUCACUGAAAGUGAAGAUGCCGUCUUUCAGUGUGUCUUGUCGACACCCCUCAACAGAAUUGUUUGGUCAAAAGUGGACUCAUCUCUCGAACACGGAGACAAAUACGAGAUCACCGUCUCAGAGGACAAAGUAACUCACACGCUGAGAGUUAAAAACUGUCAAAUAGCAGAUAAUGGAGCAUAUUACGCCAUUGCUGGCAUUACCUCCAGCAGCGCUUCUCUGAAAGUGGAAGCUGAUCCACAUGGUCGAAAGGAAACUAAAACUGAUCAAGAUGACAAGUCUAAACUACAGCUGGAAAAUAAGCAGAAGCUUCAAAAGGAGAGACAAGAUGUGGGCACGGCAAAAGAUGCAGAAGCUGGAAAUGAUGUUGCACAUGAAGGAGCCAGUGCUGUACAAGGGGAUGGGACAAACGGAGGAGCUGGAAAAACUGGAGGAGAUGGGGGAGAUGGUUUUGGUGAUGGCAGUGGUGGUGUGGGCUCUGAGAAUUCAGGGAAAGAUGGAGACCAGGAUGAUGGAGAUGGCAAGAAUAAGAACAUAUUGGAUGAUGGAGGUGAUAAAAAUGCAACAGACGAUAAGAAAAAGAAACGAUCGCGAGCUGGUCCUUUGGUUCCGGACACUGUCGUAGAGAAGGGCGUUCGCUUUGUCAGUGGGCUCUCAGAUACGGUCGUCAAUGUUGGUGAACGAGUAGAGCUGUCCUGCAAACUGAGCAGUGAGACUUCAGAAGGAUGCUGGUAUAAAAAUGGGAAGCUGUUAACCAAUCAGGAGGGGGUAAAUAUCAUAAAAGAUGGAUCGUGUCACAGCAUGACUAUUGACUGCUGUAAUAAAGACGAUGCAGCUGUUUACCGCUUUGAAGCUGAAGGACGAAAAUCAGAGGCAUCACUUGACGUUCAUGACCCACCAAAACUUGACCUUGAUGCUUUGGGAAAUUUCAAAAAUGCAGUCAUUGUAAAGGCAGGUGAAAACGCCCAAUGGAAGCUGCCUUACUCUGGUGGAGCCCCAAUGAACAUACAGUGGUACAAAGAUGAUGACGAGCUUUUGCCUGGCAUCAAUGUGAAGAUUGAGACAUCAGAUACUGAAAGCCAGCUACGCCUCACGAAGUGUCAAAGGAAAGACAGUGGAGAGGUUAAAAUAAAACUAAAAAAUGAAUUUGGAACAAUAGAAGCUGUUUCAAAACUUGUUGUACUGGACAAACCAACACCUCCGCAAUGCCCUGUGGACAUCAUAGAAAGUGCUGUAACAUCUGUUGAAUUUAAAUGGAAACCACCAAAAGAUAAUGGUGGUUCACCAAUCACAAACUAUAUUAUAGAACGGCAGCAACUGGGGCGAAAUAAAUGGAUAAAUAUUGGUGAGAUCCCUGGCAAACCAACCUACAAAGAUUCAGAUGUGGACCCUGGAAGGAGAUACUGCUACCGCAUCAGAGCCAAAAAUGGAGAGGGUGUCAGUGAUUACCUGCAGACAGAGGACAUACCAGCUGGUGUAUUACGUUAUCCUGGACCACCAACAACACCCAAAGUAGUCAGUGCCUAUAAGGACUGCAUCAACCUGUCAUGGUGUCCUCCAUGUGACACUGGAGGGACCAAAAUAGUUGGAUACAAUUUGGAAAAGAACAAGAUAGGCACGAAUUACUGGAGCCUUGUAAACCAAAAUGGGCCAGUUGCAGACACAAAGUAUGCUGUGAAAGAUGUCUUUGAAGGUGCAGCAUAUCAGUUCAGAGUUUCUGCUAUCAAUCUGUCUGGUGCAGGAGAUCCCAGUAUUCCCUGUGACGCAGUUACUGCAAGAAAUCCAAUGAAACCACCAGGAAAAGUGACAGAUCUUAAAUUAACAUCAUCAAGUUACACUACAUUUUCGCUGGCUUGGAUCAAACCUAAGGAAGUAAAAGGUGUAGAAGAUGAAGCCCAAGGGUACUAUGUGGAGAUCAGACCAAUAGAGAGCCUUGAAUGGACCCGAUGUAAUGCCAUCCCAAUUACUCUGACUUCCUACACUGUUAUUGGCCUCAAGGCGAUGGCCACAUACUGGGUGAGAGUAAUUGCCACAAAUUAUGGAGGUGAUGGAGAACCGUGCAGCCUUGACAAUUAUGUAAUUGCCAUGCCGCCUCCAGUGAAGCCAAAGUUUAAAGGACGCAACAUGAAGACCCUUAUGGUGGUGAGAUCUGGAAACACUGUUCGUCUCAACAUCAACUUUGAGGCCUCCCCGUUACCUGACAUUACCUGGAUAAAGGAUGGCGUUCCUGUGGCCAAACAUGUAACCAUUACAAACUCUGAUAAAGGUUCUCAACUUUUAAUUCCCACAUCCGAGAGGUCAGAUAGCGGCAUCUACACCAUCACUGUAAAGAACAUUGUCGGCCAGGAAAGCUUCAAUGUUGAAAUCAGAGUUACAGAUGAUCCUAAGCCUCCAGGUCCUGUGGAACUGGAUCAGAACAUCCCAGGAACAGUGACCCUCACCUGGACUCCCUCUCCAGAUGAGAAGAGAGAUGAUAGGCUACACUACAUGGUAUCCAAGCGUGACUCCUUUAAACGCACUUGGAGGAUAGCAGCAGACAACCUUUUUAACAAUAAGUUCACGAUUGUCAAUAUUCUGCCUGGACGGGAAUAUAACUUCAGAGUGUUUGCUAAAAAUGAUAUGGGGCUUUCAGCACCGUCCGAGUCCCCGAUGUUCGCAAUCAAAAAGGAAAAAGGGAAGUUCAAAGUAAACAUGCCUCAGAUUAAAUCCUUGGACUUCGAGUCACCUCCAGCAUUUAUUGUCCCCCUGAAGAGGCGCACGGCUCCUCAAGGGUACGAAUGCUACAUGACCUGUGCAGUAAAAGGUGAUCCUGCUCCACGUGUGACAUGGUACCGCAACAAUAUCAGCCUCAACACCAACACCAACUACUACAUCACAAACACAUGCGGAGUCUGCUCCAUGCUCAUACUGCAGGUGGGACCCAAAGACAAUGGAGAAUACAAAGUCAUCAUAGAGAACAAACUGGGGGCAGCAGAGUCGUCUAUGACACUGAAUGUUAGAGACUGAAACAGAUCUGUAUGCGUGGGGACUGAAGCUGGAGCAACAAAUCUCUCACUGCAUUUUAAAUCAAUUACACAAGCUUGUAUCAACUUUGAAUUAUUUUGAUUUCCCCUACUGUGAUACACCAGUUUUUAAACUGUAAUCAUAAACACAUGUGCAUGCUUAAAAUCCCCCAAAACAAAGCAAAUGGGUUUGUGAUCAAACACGUGUCUUAAAAAAUAGUCUUUGUUUUUUAAAAUAUUAUGCUGUCUGUUUUUGUUUUGUUUUUUUUUUCUGAAAGCUUUGUGCUACUCUAGAGAACACAGUGAAGUCAUGUAGAAACUGA